AUGAAACUUUUGAAGAGGUACAUUAGUAGCGUGAUGUCUAGUAAUAAAAUAGUUCAGCCAAAGUGGUAUUCACCAGAAAGAAAUGAUAACAAGCCGGUGUUAAAACUUUAUAAUAGUUUAACACGCCAGAAGGAUGUCUUUUUACCAAAAUCUGGUACAAAAGCGGUUUCAUGGUAUUCUUGCGGUCCUACAGUAUAUGAUGCUUCACACAUGGGUCAUGCAAGAAAUUAUGUGUCGAUCGACAUAAAUAGAAGGAUUAUGAGUGAUUAUUUUGGUUACAAUGUAAAAUUUGUGCAAAACGUUACUGAUAUCGAUGAUAAAAUUAUCAUUGGGGCAAGGCAGAAUUAUCUUUUUGAAACCUAUGUGGACAAAACGAGGAAAGAAGAUUCUUUGUCUGAUGUUGAGACUGCUUUGGAGGAGUAUUUGAUGAAAAAUUUGAGAAGCACCAAUGGUGAGGUGAGAACUUGCGAGCAAUUCAACAAUUGGAUUAAAAGCGUAGAUUUCGAGGAUGAAAAAUUGAAUAGUCCAAAAUUUCCUAUGUAUGUAACCGCGAUUAAAAAGACCAUUGAUGGUUUGAAAGAUGUUGAAGGGGAGAAAUAUUACCAGAACGUUAGAGAUGUGCUGAUGCCUUAUUUAGAUAAGAAGAAAGGAAGUUCUAUUAAUGACCCAGAGAUCUUCCGUAAAUUACCGGCUUAUUGGGAGGGAAGGUUUGAUGAUGAUAUGAGAAGACUGAAUGUUUUACCUCCAAGUCUUACUACAAGAGUUUCGGAAUAUGUUCCUGAGAUUGUAGAGUUUGUUGCCAAGAUUAUUGCGAAUGGUUAUGCAUAUGCCACCGAAGACGGUUCUGUUUAUUUUGACACUCUUAAAUUCGAUAAAUCGGAUAGACAUUAUUAUGCUAAGAAUCAGCCAUGGAAUAAAGGGCACCUGGAUUUGAUUAGUGAGGGAGAAGGCAGUUUGAGUGUUAGUUUAGGAGGAAAGAGAUCUGCUAGCGAUUUUGCCCUUUGGAAAGCUUCGAAACCUGGUGAACCUAGAUGGGAAUCACCGUGGGGGUUGGGAAGACCCGGUUGGCACAUUGAAUGUUCAGUUAUGGCAAGUGAUAUUUUAGGUGAAAGCAUGGAUAUUCAUUCUGGUGGAAUAGAUUUGGCUUUUCCUCAUCACGAUAAUGAAUUGGCGCAAUCUGAAGCUUGUUUUGACUGUAAACAAUGGGUUAAUUAUUUUUUGCAUACAGGACAUCUCCACAUAGAAGGUCAAAAAAUGUCAAAAUCACUUAAAAAUUUUAUUACUAUUGAGGAAGCAUUAAAUAAAUCCAGUCCUAGGCAAUUAAGACUUGCAUUCGCAUCAGCUCAAUGGAAUAAUCAGUUAGACUUCAAGGAAAGUUUGUUGAGUGAGGUUAAGAACUUAGAGAGCUCUUUUACUAAUUUCUUCAAUAACGUAAGAGCCUUAAAGAGAGAUGCGCAACAGCAGUACCAUGCUUCAAAAAAGAUAGGAGAGUUAGAGAGGCAACUGAUUAUGAAUUUAGAAGAAUGUGAAGAGAAAGUCGAAAUAGCGUUUUGUGAUAAUCUAUCAACUCCUCAAGCGAUAAAAGCUUUAAGUGAAUUGGUAAGUGUCACAAACAGUUAUAUAUUCAAAGCUGGUGUUGACAUAAGGAUAGAGGUACUUGUUGAUGUUACUAAAUUUGUUAGUAAAAUUUUGGGCGUUAUCGGAAUUCCAAUGAGAUCUGAUGGUUUAGGAUGGGAGAACGAGGAUUCGUCUGAUGUCGCAAAUAAAGAGGAUGUAAUUGCCCCAUUUGUUAAAUGUCUCUCUGGGUUUAGGGAUGAAGUGCGGAAGUUGGCAAUAAGUAAGGCUGAUUUUAAGAAGUAUCUUGAAUUAACUGAUAACGUAAGAGAUAACGAGUUGUUAAAGUUGAAUGUUAGUUUGGAUGAUAGAAACGGGCAGUCGGCGUUGGUGAAGUUUAUAACGGAUGAAGAAAAAACAAAGCUGAUCGAGGUCCAGAAAGAGGAAGUUGCUAAUAGGAAAAAGAAAGAAAGUGAAUACUUGGCCAGAAAAUUGGAACAGGAGGCAAAGGAGAAGGAAAGGAUUGAAAAGGUAAGUAUUUCUCCGUUGUUAAUGUUUAAGGAUUCUUCUUUAUAUUCAGAGUGGGAUAUCGAGGGUAUUCCGACAAAGGACGUUGAUGGUAACCAAAUUACCAAAAGUAUGACAAAGCGUCUGAAGAAACUGUGGAUUCAGCAGGAGAAGCUCUAUAGUAGUUUAAACAAAAAUAACUCUAAGUAA